CAUUUGCAUCCUGGGAAUAAAAUCUACGGAUAUGGACGCGUCAUCAUGAACCUGCGCCAUCUUUAAUUCGCGCAGCGCAGGGUAUUUUGCGCGGGAUGUAAUCACAAUCUCUCAAGAAAACUGCGCCGACGAAAAAGUUUUUAGUGAGAUAAACUCGCAAUUUCCAAUCGCUAUGGCAUCGUUGUCUGCUGCAGAUCAAAUUGAACAAAUUGUACAAGCCGCAAUCCUCCAGGAUCAACUAGGUAGCAAGGAGAACGGGGAAGAUGAACAGCAUGACCAGGGCAGUUCCGUAGUUGAAAUGACGGUGGAGAUAACAUCCAACGACGGCGAAACGCUCCCAACGAAUGAACACGAACACCGAAUUCACAUGAAUGGCUACAUCAAACGCCUGGAUCUUGGCAAGUCUCCAUCGUCAAUCAUCUCCGACGAAAAGUACGAGAGCGUCUUGAAUUAUCUUCAGAAUCCAGAUGCGGCGAUUGCUCCCCAUCUUCGUUAUUGGAUCGCGAAUAAAGAGUUUCAGCUGAUGGAAGACCCAAGCGACGGGGCCAGUGACGGCAGUAACGUGGUCGUCAUCCCACGACCGGUCAAAAAGAAGAUGUUGGACAGAGGGGGAGGUGAUUUCCUACGCGUUCUGCCAAGUUCCGCCAUCUUUGACAUCAUCCAAGAAAUUCACUCAAACCAGUUUGAGCAUUGUGGAUAUAAGAGGGUCUUAGAAUAUGCGCAGACUAAAUAUUUCAGAAUAACGAGGGGCUAUGUUCAAGAGUUUGGCCGUGCAUGUCCUGUAUGCCAUUCAACAGGCUUUACUAAAGAUGGUAAACGCAGAAAAUUUUCCAGCAAAUUUUCCUCCAGCGGAAUGAAAUUGAAGAGGGAGCAUUUGAAGCCUACAUCUAGUAAUAGUCUCCGACUGCCAAAGAUUUACACCAAAACAGGAGAUGCAGGAUCCUCUGCGACUAUUACUGGCGACCGUAGACCGAAGAAUGAUGAUGUAUUUGAAGCACUGGGUGCCACAGAUGAACUCUCAUCAGCUAUUGGACUUACAAGGGAGUUUGGCAAAGAGGCGGAGCACACAUUUGACUCGCAGCUUCAAGAGAUCCAGUGUCUCCUUCAGGAUGUCGGGUCUUGUAUUGCAACACCAAAGAGCCAGGCGUCUGCAAAUCAGUUGGAGUUGAUGGAAUUUAGCGCAGUGAACGUGGUAAAACUGGAGAAGUGGAUCGAUGAUUACACAAGGCUGUUACCUCCACUAAAGAACUUCAUCCUGCCGUCUGGUGGCAAAACGGGAGCUUCUCUUCAUGUUGCUCGAGCAGUAUGUCGCCGGGCUGAACGAAGACUGAUUCCACUUGUUCAAAAGGAAGAGGUCGAUGAAGUUGUCGAGAAAUUUAUGAACAGAUUGAGUGACUACCUUUUCACCCUGGCAAGAUACGCUUCCCACUGCGAGGACAUCGAUCCGAUGAUUUACAUCAAAAUACGCUCACGAAAGCGCAAGAAGUGAGCUCAGCAUGGAGUGUUAUCCUCUCUGGGGUAGAUUUCACAGAGUUAGGACUAGUCCGAACUUAGAACUAGUCCGAGGAGAUAUUAGAACUCAAGGCUAGUCUCAAGUUAGUUCGAGCAACUCGUCCUAACUUGAGAUAAGACUAGUCUUAAGUUUUUGUGAAAUCCACCGCUGGAGUAUUGACCAAAGGACAGAGAGUCAGCUGGGGGCAGAGAGGGAUUGUUUACCCUAAAUUCAUUCACAUUUUUGAGAUCCACAGUGAUACGAUUUAUGGGCCAUUCAGAAUAGUCAAUAGUGAUUUUUUUCCUCUUUUUUUUCCAAAACUGUUUUGACCGACCCACCCACCCAAAAUUUUUGAUUUUUAAAUGUUGAAUGGCUUCAUAAUACUCUAUACUGAGGUUUAAAAUAACGCCUCAAUUGGACCAGAUAUUCUAGAUGGAAGGUUUUCCAACAUCAGUAGUUUUCAACAGCUUCUCCUGGCUUAAACAAACAACUUAUACAGUAUACACAGCGGCAAAAUGAAGUAUGACAUGCAACACUAGUUCCUCCAAUCAAAAGACGAGGAUCUGUGUGUACAGUACAUGUAUAUAAUUGUAGAUACUGUUCUAUGAUAGGAAAUUUGUGUUUUCUGAAUUGAUGUUUUGUUUCAUUCCCACACGGGAACCCUUUUUCUUUCUUUUUCUUUUUGGGGGUUGAACAAAGAAUUGAGU